CUUCAGCACCAAUCGUUUCCCAAUUGACAGUACAUCAAAACAGGUGCCUUCCAGAGAGUACAUUUAAUGUUGUUUGUUUCAUCUGUGGUGGGAAUAUAAUCGUCGUGACGUUUUGCUAAGGGAAGUGGUACUUACUGUAAAUUGUUAGCUGUGUUGAAAUUAUUUCGGGUGCAGACAAUGAACAAAAAAAUAUGUUACGUAAUAAUUUCUAUUUGCGAUGUAAUUAUUACUCCGGCUUAUCCGUAAUGGAUGACAAGUGGUGUGCGACGUACAUAAAUAUCGAAGACUUAGGAGGUAUUUGCGAUUUGUAGAACAAGGAAAAUAGUUAUUUCUGUUAAAAAUGGGGGCAAAGGAUUCAAAACCCCUGUGUAUAACAUACGAAGAAGCAGCUAAGCGUGUGACAGAAGCAGAGCUGAAAAGACUGAAGGAGGCAUUUAAACGUGUUUCUACCGUAAAUGGAUGCAUAACGAAGCAGUCUUUCGUAAAAGAUGUCUUGGGCGAUGGAGUACCGACUCAGAUAGCAGAGUACAUAUUUUCUGCGUGUGGUGGAACACAGAAAGGAAUCGUUUUUAAGGACCUGCUCUGUGGUCUGGUACUUUUAACUAGAGGAAAAGACGAUGAGAAAUUGAAGUUUUUAUUCGGGUUGUACUCGAAUGAAUCAGGGAGUCACAUUUCUCGAGAUGACUUCUUGAGAUUGCUUCAAGCGACAGAGAGCAGUUUCAUUCCUGAAGCAGUCACUGGUCUCUUCUCAGAGGCAAAUCGUGUGUCAUACGAAGAAUUCCGGGACUGGCUCUUGUCACGUCGUGAUGCGACCUCAUUGAGCCGUUGGUUGCUGUCGGAGCCGUGUACUGUUACUCUAAGCAAUGAAUUGGAAACACCAACCUUCUACCAAACACUUGCUGGUGUGACUCAUUUGGAAGAGAGUGACAUCAUCGAGCUGGAGAAGCGCUACUGGCUUUUGAAGGGCCAGUCACGCACGGGGAAGCUUGACCUGGACACGCUGGUGCCUCUGGUAAGCCCCCCAGUGCCCUUGUCCGUCUGUGCCGGGGUCUUCGCUGCGUUUGACGAGAACAGGGACAGCCACAUCGACUUCAAGGAAAUGGCGUGCGGUGUAUCUGCUGCGUGCAGGGGCCCUCUCACUGAGAGGCAAAAGUUUUGUUUUAAAGUUUUUGAUGGUGAUAGAGACGGUGUCCUCACAGAAGAAGAGUUGCAGCACAUGAUUGAUGUUCUAUUAUUUGUACGCCGUGAAAAUAAAUCAUCUAAAGAACUCUCUCUAGAUCCGUACGGUGAAGUUGAUGUGGAAAUGGUCAUGAAAGAUAUCAGGAGACACGCAACAAGUGAGAAAGGGUUGACAACGGAAGAAUAUUUAAUGUGGACUGUGGAAAACCCACUUCCAAUGGAUUUCUUAAAUUUGUUGUUUCAGGUAUGUCACAUUGUUUUGGGGCUACGUCCAGUAUCACGUGAAGAAGAGGGAGAAAUUGUGAAAGGCUGGCUGGAAAGAGAGAAGAGACGUGGUUAUAGGGUGGGACAGUUCUGGUAUCUCAUUGCAAGUGACUGGUGGCGUUCCUGGGAAAAUUAUGUCUCCUAUAAGCCAAGUGGUGAGAGUCCAAACAGCAGCAAUUCAGGAAGUUUGAGGAGAGGUGUCAGUACAGGCCGUUUAUCAGGACGACGAUCAAACCAACAGUUGAUUGAAGAUGCUGUCGAUGCCACCACUGAAGCAACAGAUUCUCUUAAUUCUACAAGGCUGUCCACAACUUCCCUAGCAGCACAAGAAACAUCCAGAUCAUCAAGUGUCGCAUCCAGUCCGAGUCAGUCACCUCGUCAGCCACGAAAGGCGACAAGCUCCUUCGGCGGUUCUCCAUCUCCACCAGGGCCGAUUGACAACACAAACCUUGUGUCAACUCCGGCCUACAAGGUGGCCACACCGCUGACUGGAGAGGGUGGAAAGCUAAAAAGGAGUCCCGAACUUGUGCACCCACGUGAUUUUGAACUUGUUCCAGACUCUUUGUGGAAGGCCCUUUCACAAUGGUAUGGAGGCUCACCACCACUUCCAAGACAGGUGAUUCUUCCAAAGAAUGGUGAGAAAGAGGAACUGGAGCUGUUUCCACUAAACCUUAGGCUGUUACGGCAUCAGUCGCCACCGGCAAGAGCCCCACAGGCUUCCUGGUCUGGCAUGGUUGGGGGCUAUGGUGCUGCUGCCCUCAGUUCCACAGGUUAUGCCUAUGUUUCCAAUUUCCCCACACCACCUAAGCGACAAUUAGCAUAUGUGGCAGCGUUCAGCCGUAUGGCUACGAUCAAGCAAGUCUACGACUUCUUGUGUGCUCGUCUCAGGAUAAGGCCAGAGGACAUGAGGUUAUGGCAUUAUAGGGACGAAAACAACAUGCUUCUUAUUGAGGACGAAGAACCUACUUUGGAGGAUUUGGGUAUAAUGGAUGAAGACCAGCUUUUGAUUGAAGUCAGGAACAAAGACCUUACUUGGCCUGAAGAAAUGGGAUCACUGGCAAAUCAUUUACAGGACAAGCGUAAACCAUCUGUCCCAGCUGAAAGAGGAGCGACUGGUCUCAACAACUUGGGUAAUACAUGCUUCAUGAAUGCUGCAUUGCAGUGUGUGAGCAACACGAGGGCUCUCACUCAAUAUUUCACAAGUAACAUGCACCUCUAUGAACUUAACAGAGCAAAUCCUCUAGGGAUGAAGGGUCAUAUUGCUAAGAGAUAUGGGGAUUUGAUCCAUGACAUAUGGAGUGGAACUGCAAAAACGAUAGCACCUCUGAAGCUCAGGUGGACAAUAGGAAAGUAUGCACCACGUUUCAAUGGUUUUCAGCAGCAUGAUUCACAAGAGCUGUUGGCCUUUCUUCUCGAUGGGUUACAUGAAGAUCUUAAUAGGGUGCAUGAUAGACCUUAUGUAGAGCUCAAAGACAGUGAUGGAAGACCUGAUGUCAUAGUGGCACAAGAGGCCUGGGAAAAUCAUAUUCUUCGGAACAAGUCGAUUAUAGUGGACCUGUUUCAUGGCCAACUCAAGUCUAAAGUGACAUGUAAAGUGUGUGGCCAUGAGAGUGUGAGGUUUGAUCCAUUUAACUACCUCUCAUUACCACUGCCUAUGGAGAGCUACAUCCAUGUGCAGGUUAUUGUAAUGCGAUUGGAUGGAUCUGUUCCUGUAAAAUACGGCCUAAGAUUGAACAUGGAUGAGAAAUACAGCAGCAUAAAGGCAGCAUUGUCACCGUUGUGUGGCAUACCAGCUCACUUAUUAAGACUGGCAGAAGUAACCGCUGCCCAAAUAAAGACUGUACCACCAGAUGAUCAAAAGAUAAAAACUUUGGUCGGUGGUUGCCUCUAUGCUUAUGAGCUUCCUGAGAUGGGUUCAUUAUUUGGAGAGGAAGAAAGACUUUCGAUUUGCUCACAACGCUCUAACAGAGAUGGACAAACAUUUGUCGCAAUCCAGCGGUCUGUACAACCACGCCCACCACCACUGGGUUCAGGUGGUGUUACAAGCAGCCCAGUGCUUCGGGCCAGUGUGGAAUGUGAUCCGCACUCUCUUACAUGUAAUAAUAGACCAGUUGUAGACGACGGCAGUUCAAGCAAUCCGAAUCCAAACGCGGAGCAACUCCAGGCCGGCUCGUCAUCCCAUCGGCCGAGUGGAAGCAGUGGGAGCAACGGCAGCCUGCCACCGGAGGAGAUAGCGGUGAUAGCUGCGCGCCAGUCGAGUGGGCACAGCAGUGCCAGCUCCGGCAGCCUGGCCGGCCUCAGUGACACAGACGUGUGCAGCCCGCAGGGCUUUAUCGUCGCACUCCAUCGAAAAAUGAUUCGACAAGAUGUAUAUUUCCUGUCAUCGCAAAAGACAAAACCCAGCCUCUUCGGGUUACCAAUAAUUGUACCGUGUUCAGAAACAACUACUCACCAAGACCUCUACCACGCUGUUUUGGUGCAGGUUGCACGGCUUGUUUCACCGCUACCACCAUCUGAGACAGCGGCACCAAACCAUGCUCAAGACUGUGACGACAGCCUAGGUUAUGAAUUCCCAUUUGUACUGAAAGCAGUUCAGCGAGAUGGUAUGCAGUGUGCUCUGUGCCCGUGGUACAGAUUUUGCCGCGGCUGUCGCAUACCUUGCUCUGAAGCUGAAUUCAACUUCAGAUGUACACACCUAGCCAUUGAUUGGGAUCCAACAGCUCUACACCUGCGUUAUCAGACAUCCCAGGAAAGGGUUUUUGUGGAACAUGAAAGUGUUCCAUUGACACGGCAACAGCAGUCAGAGCCAAUUGAUCUGGAUUUUUGCUUGGAGGCCUUUACAAAAGAAGAGCAUCUUGGGGAAGAUGAAAAGUAUUAUUGCUCAAAAUGUGGCCAACAUCAGUUGGCAAGCAAAAAGCUUCAAAUAUGGAGGCUACCUCCAAUACUGAUUGUUCAUCUGAAAAGGUUCCAGUUUGUUAAUGGGAAGUGGGUAAAGUCCCAGAAGGUUGUGAAUUUUCCAUUCAGGAAUUUUGAUCCAACAGCCUACCUUGCUUCGGUACCUAAACAGACGGUCAUCAGACACAAAGAACUAAAGGGGGAAUAUGCUGAAAAGGAGCAAAACUCCGAAAAGGAUGACAGUAACAUCGAAUCCAACAUUAUGUCACUGACUGAUGAAUCUGAAGUGCAAAAUCAUGGUGAUAUACUAUCACAUUUAAUUCAGAACCAUAGGGAGAUAGUUGACAACAAUUUAAAUAUAUCAAAACCGAGAUUAGAGGCUGAACUAAAUACUCAUAACAGUGCCAGAGGAAAUGGACACAUUCCCAAUGGUGAUCUGACGCUACCAUUGAAUUCACGUGAAAGACUGGUGUCGACGUCACUCGUCAAAACUCCUGUGGUAGAUUGUGCCCUACAAGAUUUCCACCAACAUCGGCUUGCUGACGGCAGCGACCCAUUUGAUUUGAAGUACAAUUUGUAUGCUGUAGUGUCACAUUCAGGCAUCCUAGGAGGUGGCCAUUAUGUGUCAUAUGCGUGCAAUCCAAAUGGACGGUGGUACUGCUACAAUGACAGCAGUUGUAAGGAGGUGAGUGAGUCUCAAAUGGACACCAGCUCAGCCUAUAUGUUGUUCUACGAGCGAGAGGGGUUGGACCAGCAGCAGUACAUGCCUAGUGUUGUCGGCAAGGCACCCGACACACGUGAUCUCGAUGAUGAGUUCGAUUCGGAUCUUAAGAAACUCUGCUGCCUCAUGUGAGUCAGUGAGGUUUUGCCCUGUGACAUAUCUCAUUGGUCUCGUGUGAAUAUUUAUCUUCUCAUAACUGUGGUAAAAGCUAAAGUAUUGUAAAUUAUUUGUUAUUUUGUGUGUGUUGUGUAAAUGUAUGGUGAAAUGUGUCACUCGAAUGCAUGCAAAAUGUGUUAAAAGUGAGUGCCAUGUGAAGAUUGCUUUUAUUGUAAAUUGUUGAUCAGUGUGAAUAAGUUGCUCUUCUGUUUCAUUCAAAGUAUUUAUAGACUUUUGUAGUCUUAAUAUAAGGCAAUAUUUUGCCCCCUUUAAAAUCAAAAGAAGUUAAUGCAGAGAAGACAGAUGUAUCAUACAAAGAAAAUUCAUACCUGAUGACACUUUUGUGCUUUGUAAUCAAUGUCAAUCUAUCUGCUUUAAAGAAUGUUUAUAUGUAUUUUUGUACACUAAUAUACCCAAUACCAUUAUGCCAUAUCUGUCCAUAGUACUCAAUCAUCUCAGGUUCUCACAAUUUAAGCUAUGUAUUUAGUUUAUAGGAAAAAUUAAUUUUGUUUACCAGCUGUCUUCAUAACAGAUGUCAUCUUCAGCAAUAUAUGAUUAGUUUUUCAGUACACAGAAUUGUUUUGCCUUUUGUACCAUACACCUUUUGUUUUAUGUGGUGUUGUACAAGAAACAGUAUAUGUGGCAUAAGACUGAUAGCCCAGUUCAUUUUUAUUAGAUAUAUGUUCCUUGUGGGAGGGUACAUGUGCUGACGUCCCCAAUUCUACAAGUUUAUAUUGCUAAUACCAUUAGAUCAGUGGAAUUCAUAACAUUAUUCCUUGAAAUCCAUUUGCCUGUCUAUAAUGUCUCUAUUUUAUUGACAUCAGUUCUUCAAUUUUGUGCACUUUGCGGUAGAAUCUAAAGAAGAAAGAUGAGAAAAAUCUUACAUUUCUUUAAGGGGUCUAUCAUGCCCAAAAUAUUCUGUGAAGUAUGCAAGCAUAAUGUUAUUAGUAAUGUGUAUAGUGUAUAUUUUGAACAAAACAUUAUUUUAAUAUCAUUACCUGCACUGCAGUUUUUUGUCAAAGGGUGUUCUUCAUUAAAGUAUUCACAGUCAGUUUAUUUGCAUGUGAUGUGGAAGAGCCAUUAAGAAACCAAAGAGGAGAUUAUAUUUUAUAUUUUCUUUCAUGUUUUUAGUUUAUAUAUAAGAUAUUUAAAAUCACCAUGAUUGCAGUGAAUUCUGUACAAAGUAUGUGAUUGCCCUUGUUUAAAUGGGACACAGAUAUUUAAUUUUUGUAUGUUGUGUUUCCAUACACACGUUUUAUCAGCAUACCCUGCAUUUUCUUGUGUUAAUAUUAUUUUUGUAAUUUAAAUUAACCUCUUUUCCUCCCUUCACAUGACAGUUUAAGUAAAUUAUAAUUUUCUGUAAGUGUGCAUUGAUUAGACUUACAAAAGAACAGUACCCAUGUAAUCAAUGCGUGGUAACACUUUCCCGGCAGUUUUGUUAAUUGAAACAUCAAAUAUUACAGUUUUUCAGAAUGAAGUUUGCUUAGCAAGUCAUUCUCCAGGAAUCCAAAUUUUGUCAUUGGUGGAUAAUCAUCUAUUAGUAAGCCCUUUCACAGGACCAUCAAUACAGUUAAAGUUCAUAACAAUGAAUAUGUUACUACCCUAUGCUGCAUUGUGUGUUUUCUGGUGCACUUUUAAUAUAUUUUAUUAUGCCUGUACUAUUGUUUUUAGUGCCAUUUCCAUACACAUUUCAUAGUGUUUCUUUUUUAUAGAAAAAUGUCUGUAAGAAAUUUUUAUAUGAUCAUUAUUUACCUUUCCGCAUAAAAUUUAGUCCUCAGGUUCUUGCUGUUUCUUCUGUAAGACAAACAACUCAUUAUUACCUUUAGUCAGUAGCAUUAUUCUCAGCAGAAUGUAGCUGUAUUUUCCAUUUACCAUGUAGUUAAAGCAACACUAGUCAGUAAAUGUUAUUAUGAACAUAUUAAAUUCACAAAAACUACAU